AUGCGUUCAAUGUUUUUCGUCGUCGCGUCGUUGGCGCUGUUAGCGGCCUGCGCGUGCGCUCCAGAAGGGGAGGUGAUCCAGCACAUCCCACCAAAAGCAGAAGAAACACCGUCAGCUAUAGGAAAAGAUGGUGUGGCUUCACCUGCUGUGGGCGACGCUGCUGGUUCUUCUAAGCCAAUCCACGUAGCCAGGUCUCGCAGAGACCUGGCAGGCCAAGAAAGCGACCUUCUUCCCUCUGCCAACGAUGGAGAUGCAUCAGUAUUCGGUGAAUCCUCCAAUCUCGAUGGCCGUGGCCGCAUCAAGGUCCUGCCAGCUUAUCUCGGC